AUGAGGCCCCAUGCGCGCAACCCAACCGCGCUUAAAGCGGGCCACGAUUUUAGCUUCUCAUCCGGUAAUCCCACGCCAAGUAACAACGAAAGAGAAGCAACUCGUGGGAACUCUUUACCCUUGUUAUCUCAGACGCCCCUCUCCCAUCAUCAAGAACCCAUGCCAGGUCGAAACCACGGACCCCCAGGUAGUGGAAGCAAUCCUGGAACGGGCCGCUCUAGAUUCAGACAAGAGCUCAAUCAUCAGUCUAGAGUUGAUUCUACUAUUGGACGGACUGAGGUGGGGACCAUUGUUCCAAAUCACUCAGAACCAAUACUUUUGUCUCUUAAGACGAGAGAAGAACGCAUUGCUUCUAACAAAGCACGAAUCCAGGAGGACUCUGAAAGGGCCAGGGCUAGACGUCAAAGGGAUAUUGAGAAACGUAGGGAAAUCAGGCAACGGGAGUUUCUUAACUACAACACCACGAAUAGCAAUGUCAGUGGAGAUGAUACACCCACGCAUCCCACCGGCCCCACAACAAACUUACCCGGUUCUCCUGGCGGCAGCAGCAGCAGCAGCAGCAGCAGCAAUGGACCUUCUCCUUCUCCGUCACCUCCACUGCCACAGCCUUCCUUUCCUCUAGGACAAGUGCAGGCACCCAUCUAUUUGCAAUUGAAUGAUUGGAGGACUCGCCCGGAAAUCCAGAUACGGCUAUCGGGACUACCUAUGCAGUACAAAACUAUAGACGUAUAUGAAACAUUCCAACAAUUUGGAGUGAUUGAAACAAUAAAGCUCUUUGAGAAUACACAUGGCACCAGGGAUGGGGGUGGGGAAGUCAAGUUUAGUCAUGUUUAUAAACCAGACCCAUUCUGGACCGCACCUAUACGAUACCAGUGGAAAGGAGCCAUGCAAGAGAUGACGGCAAGGCUACUUCCUCUUCCUCAGCACAAAUUCAAAGUAGCCAGUGAAGUAAAUAGGAACAUAGAGUAUCCCGACAGAUUUAUCUUUAAACCCAAGCAACUAGACUUUGGCCUCAUGGUUGAGGAAAACGUUUUUAUGGGCAUGCAUACAAUACAUAAUGUAGCAGAAGAUAUUGUCUUUGAGGUUAACUUGUUCCGCAAGCAAAUUGACGUCAAGUUCAAAAUUUACCAUGCCAAAGAAGACGAUUCUAUUUUACAGGAAACCCCCCAAGAGUCUGGACAGUCAAUUACCAAUCAGGACGAGAGAGUAGCAGAGCCUGCCAAGGAUAGAUGGGAAAGUUACCGUUUCCAGAUUCCAUUUUCCCAACUUGGCCAGAUCUUGGAAUAUGGUCCCAGGAUUUCAGAGAAAAGCAGGACUUUACUUAUUUCCCUUCCAUCGCCUCCAUUGUUCUGGAGAGAGUUAUUCAAUGUUGCACUGUCGCAUGAUCCUAAAGCAAACUACUGGAGUAGGUUUGACAAAUGGUUUCGGCAGACGGGCAUCGCUUUCGACCAAGUUGAUAGAUCAACGUCGCCGGUUUCAUUAAGACAAAAGAAUCCGAUCAUUGACACGGGUCGGUGGACAACAUACCGCUUCCAAUUCGGCUUAGAGCAAAGCCAAAUUAGCCGCUUUGGGGAAAUGCUCUUGGCUCUGAGAGAUUUCAAUAUCAAAACCGCGGUGCUUGACGACCUCAAAACCACCACGAAGAGGCUAACCCCUAUAUGGGACACUAUUGAUGCCAUAUCUACCAAUUCUUAUUAUGAUGGCCUUUUGGCAGCACUAAGACCGCUUCUCCCAUAUCCCACUCGUUACCAACUAGAAGUCUGUAUUUCUCGGAAUUUCUUGAACGAGUAUAAUAUUACGACUGAGUUUAUCGAUAAGCUACUUGGCAUGAAAUCCGAUAGGGCAGUACGUUUAUUAGAGCAUGUUGCAGAAAAUGAAAAGCGACGCUUUUAUAACCCCAUGGAUAUCUUCAACCUCACCGUAAAGGGAGGCACAGAAGCCCUUCUCAAAAAGCUCAAAAAGCUUGAGGGUGAUUACCAGCGGGUGAGAAAAGCCAGCGUCACGCCGUCCACGGUUUACUACGCCACGCCCACUGUUGAAACCACUAACAGGGUUAUAAGGCACUACCGCCAUUAUUCUGAUAGAUUUUUGAGGGUGCAAUUUGUGGAUGAGUUCAAGGCUCGGAUCAAUUCAACAAAUAAGAAUUCUAUGAACGAAGUCUUUACACGGAUAAUGACAGCCUUGGCACACGGCAUCACUAUUGGCGGAGAACACUUUGAGUUUCUUGCUUUUGGAAACUCGCAAAUCCGCGAGCAUGGUGCAUAUUUUUUCGCCUCAAAUGAACAUGUCUCAGUAAAAGAUAUUCGCAAAUGGAUGGGGGAAUUCAAGUCAAUCAGGAUUGUUGCCAAGCAUGCUGCUAGGCUUGGACAAUGUUUUUGGGAGGGCACACGAUGGACCGAGGAGAGAAGCCCAGCUACAGUCACCUUUAAGGUACCGAAGAGUUUGAAGCAAAAACGAGAAGGGGAUUUCAGCCAAUCAAAGACUGGGAAAUCAGCCACCACUCGUGCUAUCCGUGGUGUUCAGGUCGACGUUGUGGAUGUCCCUGACAUUAAGUACCCCGAUAAUGAGUACAAUUUCUCGGAUGGUGUUGGUAAAAUCUCGGAGUUUCUCGCAAGCCUCAUUUCCAUGGAGCUCAAGUUACCAAAGGACCAGCCUCCACCAUCAUGCUUUCAAUUCCGGCUUGGUGGCUGUAAGGGGGUUUUAACUGUGUGGCCUGAGGCUAAAAAGAGAGAGGUCUAUGUUCGCCCCAGUCAGGAAAAAUUCAAAGCCAAACACAAAAUUCUCGAGGUUAUUCGUUGCUCGCAACCUGCAACUGCAUGUCUCAACAGGCAACUUAUCAUAGUCCUUUCGUCACUUGGGGCAUCGGACGAUGUGUUUAGAGUUAAACUAGAGGAUACGCUACAGAAAUACGCAGAUGCCAUGGUUAGGCCCGCAGCUGCACGAUACCUACUCUGCAGAGCCAUCGAUGCAAAUCAAUUCACUUUGGAACUUGCAGCCAUGGUUCGUGACGGUUUCAUGGAAAUCCGAGAACCUUUCGUGGUUUCUCUUCUUAGUCUAUGGCGGUCUUGGUCGAUUAAAUAUCUUAAGGAAAAGGCAAGGAUAAUGGUUGAGAAUGGGGCGUUUGUCCUUGGCGUGGUUGACGAGACUGGGUUCCUGGAGGGACAUUAUGAUGAUGAGGACGAGGACGACAAGGUUGAUGGCGAGAAUCCCGAAAAGAGAAAGGAAAAAAAUCCCCCUACUAUGCCAGAGAUAUUUCUACAAGUCAGUGAUCCGGAGAAGCCAGGUCAAUUCAGGGUGAUUGAGGGUUUAUGUCUCGUUGCACGUAAUCCUUCUCUUCACCCUGGAGAUAUUCGGACUGUACGCGCUGUUGAUAUUCCAGAAUUGCGGCACCUUCGCAACGUUGUCGUAUUUCCUAGCAAAGGGGAUCGUGACCUUGCGAGCAUGUUAUCUGGCGGAGACUUGGAUGGAGAUGACUAUAUCGUUAUCUGGGAUAAGGAUUUGACCAAUGGGGUCACCAACUAUCCACCGAUGGACUAUUUACCAAUGGAGCCAAUUGAAUUAUCUCGUGAUGUUGAGGUGAACGAUAUCACGAAAUUCUUUGUCAAUUAUAUGAAAAAUGAUAAGCUUGGGGCUAUCGCGAAUUCUCAUCUUGCCUGGGCAGACUAUCUUGACGAGGGAGUAAAGUCCGAUCAGUGCCUAACGCUUGCCGCCCUGCACUCCGACGCUGUGGAUUACGUCAAGACGGGGGUACCGGCCGACAUGCCCCGAAGUCUGAGAAUCAGAAAGUAUCCUCACUUCAUGGAAAAGGAGAAGGACAAGAGCUAUACUUCUCACAAAAUUCUUGGACAGCUGUAUGAUAUGGUGGAGAAGAUAGACUUUGUGCCUUCUUACGAGCUCCAAUUCGACGAGCGUAUAUUGAAUGCUUAUACCCCCGGCGAAGAGAUCCUCGAGGCAGCAAAGGAGUUGAAGAGCGAUUAUGAUGCGGCAUUGCGUAGCAUCAUGGCCCAACACGAAAUCCACACAGAGUUCGAGGUCUAUUCGACCUUUGUUAUGCACCAUUCGCAGGCUGCGGGGGAUUACAAAUUCCACGAAGAGAUUGGGAGUAUUCGCAGUAGCUUGAAAGAAAUCUGGCAAAAGGCUGUUAUACACAGGGUUGGUAGUAGCGACGAAUUGAGGCUUGGGCCAUUCGUCGUGGCUAUGUAUACAGUGGCCAAGCAGGAAUUGGAUGCGGGAUUGGAUGAUGUAAAAGCAAAGAAAGCCAAAGGAAAGAGACGCGAACGCUAUGUUGAAGGAGCGCCCCUGAGAUUUACUCCUGAAGAUGUGAAAGCGAUGCCGCUCAUCUCUUUUCCAUGGUUGUUUGCGGAAAUUCUAGGCAAAAUUGCUAAUCGUGAACACCCUUUCAACAACGAAAGUUUGGGGCAAAACGAAUAUCACCAUGUCUCAGAAGUUGGGCGUUACACACAGGUGGCCCCCUAUCGCAAUCAUACAGCUGCGGACGAUUUUGCUGGUUUUGAAACUAUACCAGCAGAAGAGAGUUCAGACGACAGCAGCUCCUACAAAUACUUCGACUACAGCGAACAAUCCGACGAGGACGAAAUCGUUGGAUACGAUACCGAUACCAAAGAGCACAACAGCCACGCUUCUGAUAGCGAUGGGAGUGGUUCUUCCGGUAUACUCAAAAUGAUCAAUGAUAUCUAUAGAACCGAUAGCAACAUCAGUAGUGAGGCUUUGAAUAAAAUCCCCCUCGAUGAGUAG